ACCCACUUCGGCGUAUGUAGUACGUACACUUGUACCGUAUCACUCCGUCCCAGCACUGAGCUCUUUAAGUGUUUACAAUAUAUUUUAGGUAAAAAUUAAUACAAUCAGAAGAUCUGUUCGUGCCAGAGUCAUUAAACAAUAUUCGUUGUUUUGAAGCCCGUUUUUCGAUGACAUAAUAUCUCGUCAGUAACCGACAAUGAACUAAACCGCUCUCACUCAAGUCACCGGAACCUUUUCACUCUCACGGUCCUAGACCGAGUGAUGAUCGAAGUUCACCAAGUCUGUGAGAUGGGCGAUCACGCACAAAAACUAACCAGCGAUAAUAAUGACAUGAAUUUUAAAAAUUCGUUUUGGAAGAAAAACAUUAGAAACCUACCUGGCAGGGCUAGUCCUAAAAAGGAUAAUAAGUCUGCAUCCUCAUCGGCAUCAACAUCAUUUGAUGAUUUUCAAGAAAGUGUCAGUGAUGCGUGGGAAAUAGAAGCAGAGGAUGAAAUUCUUCGUAUUUCAGAUGUGAAAAUAUCUAAGCGUGUAGCUCAUUCAGCCGCUAUGAAUGUUAUAAAUAGUCAUAAGGCUUUGAUUGAAGAAAUUCAUAAACCUAAAAGUUAUUACUGUUCCAGUACCAAAGGAGAAACUGCUGCCAAUAAAACUAAAGAAUCUCGUAAUCCAGAUACUAGAGUUAAUUUUUCUAAUACUGAUGUCGACACUAACAAACUAACAAAGUUUCAAACAUUGAUCAAUAGCAGUCUAUUGCAUUUAGAAGAAUUGAAAAAAUUGAGCUGGUCUGGUGUACCUGUCGAAGUACGUCCAAUGACGUGGAGAUUAUUAGCUGGUUACCUACCUACUAGUUUUGAACGCAGACAGCAGGCACUUGAAAGAAAGCGUAUCGACUAUACCAAUCUUGUCAAACAGUAUUACGACACUGAUAAAGAUGAGGUUUACAAAGACACUUACAGACAGAUUCACAUAGAUAUCCCACGUAUGAGUACACCAUUAUUUCAACAAACAACUGUGCAAGAGAUGUUCGAGAGAAUUUUGUUUAUUUGGGCUAUCAGACAUCCAGCGUCUGGUUAUGUUCAAGGCAUGAACGAUUUAGUCACGCCUUUUUAUGUAGUCUUUCUACAAGAAUAUCUUCCAAUAGGCACAAAUAUCGAAACACUCAAUGUAAGCUCAAUAUCAAAAGAACACCGUGACGCACUUGAAGCUGACUCAUUCUGGUGUCUAUCAAAAUUUUUAGAUGGAAUUCAGGAUAAUUACAUAUUUGCUCAACUAGGAAUUCAGUAUAAAGUGAACCAGUUGAAAGAACUUAUACAAAGAAUUGACGGUACAUUGCACGAACAUCUUAUGAAACACGGCAUUGACUACUUACAAUUUUCAUUUAGAUGGAUGAACAAUUUAUUAACUAGAGAGUUGCCGUUGCGUUGUUCAAUAAGACUGUGGGAUACAUAUUUAGCAGAGUCUGAUUGCUUUGCUACAUUUCAGUUGUAUGUGUGUGCUGCGUUUCUGUUGCACUGGAGGCAAGAGUUGCUUGAAGAAAAAGAUUUCCAGGGCUUAAUGUUGAUGUUGCAAAAUCUGCAAACACAACACUGGACUGAUACUGACAUAAGUUUACUUGUUGCAGAGGCAUAUAGAUUAAAAUUCACAUUUGCCGAUGCGCCAAAUCAUUUAGCGACUAAAAAAUAACCUACAGAGAAGUGACUUAUUCAUUGCACUUGUUAUGAACGGCCAAUUAUAUUUUAUUACAUUUUUUAUAUUAUAGUAUUGUUUUCCAAUUCUCAACCCCCCUCCCCAAUUACGGAAUUAUUUUAAAUUAUAUUGUAUACAUAUUUUUAUGUGUGUAUAUAUAAAUAUAUAUAUAUAUAUAUAUA